AUGUAUUCAACCCGAGCAGCAGUAGAAAGAUGGCAAGAACGAAAUACCGGCUAUUCACAUGACACGUCGGGACACUCGAUAGCUCUCGAGACGAUCCAAAUCAAGCCUGAGGUUGUAGAGUCUCGUGUAGCACUAGGAAAAGGCGGUUACCAAAAAUUAUUUUCUCCAGAGACCCUACAAUGCUUCAUCGCCAUUGUAAUCGAAGUUCUGAUUAUUCUUUUGAUCGUUCUGUUCAACCUAGUUGAAGUCACGCUGACAAUGCCUGGGUUAUUCCCGAACGAUUCGAGAGCAUUAUACGUCUGCGGGACAACGAUAUUUAUCACUGCUAUCACAGCUUUCGUUUCAAGGCAAAUCAGAUUGCAAUGGAUACAAUAUAUCGAGGCUAGGAGAUUAAGGAAAUCUGACAUCCUGCAAAGUUCAAGAAGAAUAGAGAGUCUACUUGGGGUUGGGACUUACAGCGACUAUUUUUAUUAUUGGGGGACAACGAUCACACUUCUAUUUGCAUCAUUAAGUACGGCAGCAAUAGUAGCUGCUAUUACACCCUCGAUAGGGUUCAAAACCUUCGGCACGAUCGUUCAACUUACACCAGGAGCCCUAAAUUGUACGACAGUAUCUGACGAUCCCUCUCCUACAGCGCUCAGCUGGAGACUAGAAAAUGGAACUUACAUAAACUUCAGGGCCAAGGGUAAUAAUUGCCUUGCCAAUCCUGCAUUUUCGAUAGUCAACACGAUAUCCAACUCUGCCAUCGACAAGGAUGGGUAUGCCUAUGCUGUCUCAGGCGUCGGUGUCACACGUUCCAGUAUAGGCGUGCCAUAUGACGCUCAUAACGGCCCAGCAGGUUUCGACAAAGUCUUUUGGGCUAUGGGGAUAAACCAACAAGAUAGGAAUAUUCUCCAAGACUCUACUCAGUGUUUACCCGUCUUUAUCGCAAACCCCGCGAAGUGUCGGCGCGCAGGGACCAUUAUCAGGGCUAAAAACAACCUCACCGUGCGGCUGGACGAAGAUUGCAGUGCAUCGACGCCAAUAUUCGGUGCCGACUUGGAAAGCGACGGUGCUUCGGCAUCAGGGUACUGUACCAGCGGUAAAUCCGUAGGUAAGGUAACCUACUUGAUCGGAUCCAUAAAUUCUCACGCAGGAUUGCUUGCAGCAGCAGUCUCAGACUUCCCUGCGGUAAACUCCAAAUCAUAUUCUGUGGCUUGCGAUGUCGAUAUCGUAUCUGCCGUUGGAUUUCGCGACACCACAAUUUCUAGGAACUAUAAGCCACCUCAUGAAUCAAGUAUCAACCGCGAAAACGAAAAUCUCAAAACUCUCGCCGAAUACACAAUAUCUUCCCCAGUCAAACAAAGGACAUCGUCAAGUUGCUCGAACAAAUCAUACGUUCCAAUAUGGAACCCCGAAAAUAAACCUGGUGUCAUCUUAACACCCGGGGCCUUAGCAGUCGGUGCUGGUGCAGCCUGCCCGCUGUUUAUGCAGAACAGAUAUAACAACGGCUGGUGGGAUACUCUCUCUAGAGCUGUGAAAGAUAGAGGCCCAAGCUCAUACGCUUUUGAGGACUCUAAAAAUGCGCUCGAGGAUGUUCUCGGGUUAGUAGUUGGAGUCAGUAUGGGACAAUACAUAGGUUCGUCACAACCACCAGCGUCGACACGCGAUGCGCCCAUGAUCGUGAAUCGAGGAGGCUCUGCGCGAGUUCUCGGGUAUAGAAUAGGAUCUGGCAGCAAAUGGGGACUCAUUUUCAUCGCCCCUCAAGUUUGGAUUAUACUUGUUCUUUCUGUUCUUUUGAUUAAACGGCUACGGUUGUAA